AUGCGAAGCUUGGUGCGAGGAUUUGGAGGAGGCAAUAAGAAACCUUUCUCAUCAUCAUCAUCACCGAUGACCAAUGACCAUCAAAAGACGGGAAAGGGCAGUCCUUCCCGAACAACAGGAUUUAAUUUAUUUAAAAAGAGAAAUACAAAGAACCAUCAUGGAUCAUCAUCGAGUAUUAAUUUAUUAGCAGAGGCUUCUUCUUCGCCGCCAGCUGCUGGAUCACCAUCGGCCACGAGUUUACCGGAAAAGAAGGACCUAUUGGGAAGUAGGAUCAGUUCAACAUCCACUUCUUUGGCCUCAACAACAACCACCUCAUCAUUCAGUACAGUGGUGUCUUCAAAAACUGAACGAAGAUUAUCGGAUAUGAAUGUAGAGGAAAUUGACGAAGACGAGGAUUUGAAUAAAUUGGAUAGAAAUACUACUUUCAAACUCACAGAUGAUUCAUUGUUACUUCCGAGUUUGAGUGAAGGAGUAGAAUAUGACGAAAAUUAUUUGUUGCAUCGUGGGUUUUUAGUGAAAGAAGGAGCCAAUGUGCAUAGCUGGAAGAAACGAUAUUUUAAAUUAUUCACCACAAGAUUAGAGUAUUACAAAUCUGAAAAUGACUCGAAACCUAUUAAUCAAAUUCCAAUUACAUCAUCCACACAAGUGGGAGAAGCUCCAGAGAAGCAUCUUCAAAAAAAACAUACUUUCAAAAUUAUUAACCAAGAUAGAGUGUUGUUCGUGAGUGCAGCAAACAGAGAUCAGAUGCUUGAUUGGAUUAAAAGAAUUAAACAAGCUGUAGCUUCCUCGCAUUUGGUAAAUUCAAAAUCAAAUCAAAGAAAGCAAACCAAUGCAAAUUACAAAGAUUACCUUUUAUCAACAUUUUCAGAAAAGAGAAAAGGAAGAUUACGGUCCCAUAAUGCUCUAUCAACUAUGCCAUUUGAUCAACUUUCUUCGACAUUUUCUCUCAAUGAAAAAGAAAAAAAGAAAACAAUUGAGUCAUUCUGCAAAACAUUUUUUGAAAGCGGAAGAGAAAUUGACAUCGUUGGAGGAUCCUUUAAAAACAAUUUUGCUAAAUAUUAUUCAACACUAAGAAAACUAUUGAGCUCUUCAGCAUUUCCGAUUGAAACAUUUGAAUAUGUGUUGACAGGGCUAUGCCAAUAUGAAAAACCACAGCCAUUUAUUGGAGGUUUUCCAAUAUAUCUAAAAGGUUCAUUUUAUAUCAUUGUGAGCCCUUCAAAUGAUAUCAAAUGGAUUGGCUUCCACAGCAUGAUCCUCAACAACAGCACUGUGAUAUUAUUUUCGCUUGGAGAUGUAGAUAGAGUAUUUUUCAGAGCCUCUCAACAUGGUAAAGAGGAAAGCUAUCACUUGUCUUUUGAAUUUAAUUCUUUACAACGUGUACAGCGAAGGACGAACAUAUUUUCAAGCUCUAAUAGUUCGAUCAACAGGUUAGAUUUUCGAUUUUCAGAUAGGCAUAUUUGGAGCUAUAUAGUGUUUGAGUUGGCCAGGUAUAAAUUCUUUCCUGUUGUUGAGGGUGACACUGUGGAUGCUGUCGACGAAGAAUUAUCGACUCCUGUCACUCCAUUGGACCGAUCCAGAGAUAAAUCAGUGGCUUCAUUGGUACCACAAUUACAAGAACCAUUUCCUAAACAACAUCAGCAAGAGCCAACAGAUAUGAGGAUUGAAAAUUCUUCUUCAACUCCACUACAAGGAUCGUCAGCUGCUUUUGAAAGUGAUGAGGAUCAGGACGAAGACAAGUCAGAGAGUAUCCACGAGACAGAGUCACGAAAGGAGAACUCAACGGAAUCAGCUCAUGUAGAAGAUGAAGAUGAACCUCUCACAGAAAAAGAUGAAUCUGAAAAUGUUGAUAAUGAUCUUACCAAUAUUGAAACGUUAACAGAAAAGAUUCCUCCAGCGAGUGAAAUUACCUUUCCUAAAAAAAAGAAGAAAAAGGAGAAUCAUUAUGUAGAUGUUCAUCACCAUAUUCGGCAAUUAGAAGAAUAUGCCCAAGAUGAAUUUAUUUCUCUCUUCUCUAAUUUAUAUUACAAUCAAUUCAGUGAAUUGAACAAGACCAUGACACAGGGUCAAAUUGUUUUUGCCGAUGAACGAGUAGUUGACAAAAUUUUUUCCACUUACCUCAGAGAAAAGGAUCCUCUUAUGACCUCUUCUGGAAUGUUCUAUCUCACUAAUAAUUUUUUAUGGUUUGACUCGAUAGACAUGCAAUCUCAUGGACCUCGGCCCUAUCAAUGGAUGAUUCAUUUGGGUGACAUUUUUUCAAUUCAAGUGAAUAUUUCUCUUUUUGUUGUACGAAUCACUCUCGGAAAAAGCCAUAAUUUGUAUAUUUCUCUAGAUGGAGAGUAUGAUUUUGGAUCAUUUAAAGCUGAUAUUGGAUUUAACGAUUUGAUAACGCUAGAUAUUAACAAUAUCAUAAGUUUGAGAGAAAAAAGAUUUCUGUCAUCCUUGCGAAUUGUUUAUUGUCUCGUGAAAAAGAUUCAAUUUGCAUACAAUUUGGAUCGACAAGUAUUCCAUUAUGAUGAACAUUUGGGAUCAAUUCUUAGAAAUGAAGAUGAAGAUGACCAUAACUUGACAAGUGAAGCAAGCAAUUCGAAUAGCGACUCUUCGGUAGAACUUGCAAUUCUCAAUAUUGGAAGUGUGAGGGAAUCCAUGAUUAAUAACUAUUUUGAACAACAUCAAUCCAAUUCCAAAGAAGCAACUCCCACCACUCUCAAUAAUACUGAUACUGAUUUCGAUGAUACCACCAAUGAUGCAGUGAAUGAUGACAAUAAUGAUGAAUACUUUGAUUUACAAACAUUUGAAGUUGAACUUGUGCGAAAGUUUAAGAACAAAAAGGUCAAGGUGAUUGCAAAGCAAAAUGUUGUGGAUGAUUCAAAAAUUAUUGAAAUCAAAGAUGUCAACAAGGACAAGACCAUCACAGAGAUACCCAUCAAUGAAAACACCAAUGUUGCUCUCUCAGGUAAAAACGUGUUCUCAUUGUCCUUUCAAUCCAAAAAGAAAAAGAAAACAGAGGUUAUGAAAUUUGAAUGCAAAACGAUUGAUGCAUCUUUUGUUGUAAAUUAUUUCUCUGAUUUUUUGUUAUCAGGAAGUGUAGAUUAG